GUCCUAUACAAGGCGUUGCCUCACGUGACCGGCACACUGAAGUUGGUUUGGGGUGGGCGGAGCAGUCGCCAUGGAGAUGGUGGGGCUGUACACAAAUCAGUGCAGAUCCUGACAGGAGAGAGUGAGGAGCGUUGAUGUCUUUGGGACCAUGUAUUCAACCAGCUAAGGGGGCUCGGCAUGAGGCAGCCUCAGGGGAGUUUGAAAUGGCUCAACAAGAGAACAUCCAUCUGCUCCCACCUGCAGACACAUUUGAAGAGAAUGAAACGGAAAGAGCAUUUCUAUUGUCCAAGCCAACCUGUUUUCUUAUAGUAGGAAAGCCGGGUACAGGAAAGGCUACUCUUGGGAAGAAGCUCUCACAGUCAUGGAACUGCAUUUUUAUUGAAGCCAAGGAACUGAUUAAUGAGCACAUUAAGCGGAAAACAGAGCAAGGCAUAAUGAUUCAAAACCUCCUUUACAAGGGUCAAAGUGUACAAGAUGAAUUGAUAAUACAGCUAAUAGUGGACAAGAUAAAUUCUGCAGAAGUUGCCCACCAUGGCUAUGUGCUUUGUGGUCUGCCAUCCCUCUGUGAAGAAUUCCUAAAGAUUCCACAACAGAUUGAAUUAAUAAAAAAAUUUAAACUAAAGCCUGAUGUUAUCAUCAAUAUAAAGUGUCCAGAUAAAGACUUGAUCAGAAGGCUAAGUGGAUUUAAGCAAGAUCCAGAAACAGGCAGAAUUUAUAAGCGUAAAGAAUGGGAUCCUGCUCUAAAGGAAAAAAAGAAGCCUCAGGAUGGAGAAGAAGAGGGGGAAGAAGGAGAGGAAGAGGAGCUAGAAGAAGAGGAAGAAGAAUUUGACAAUUCUAAAGAUAUUUUACGCCAGCUUGUGUAUAGACCUGAAGACUUCCCUGAAAAUGUUGAUGAGCGCAUACGGUUAUACAAAGAUACCCUUUUACGUCCUGUAGAGGAUCUUAUGAUUGAUCACGACCCUCAGUACCUCAUAGAACUUGAUGGAAAUAAGACGUCAGAUGAACUCUUUGUAUCUGUUUUAUUGCGUCUGGAAUCUUUGGAUCUACGUCAUGGAAGUGUUGUAAUGAAACUUUACAACUCUGAGGAAGAGGAUUCGGUGGAAGGCCUGGAUGGUGAUGAACUAAUGAGGACACUUUCAUCUUACCGUAUGAUUGCGCCAAGAUACAGGUGGCGCAGAAGCAGAUGGGGCACUUUAUGUCCGGUGGCUUUGAAAGAGGGAUAUAUUAGGAAAGGAUUGGCAGAAUUUUCUGUUAGUUUUCUAGAUAAAAUGUAUGUCCUUUCCUCAGAGGAAGCCUUUAUAAAAUUCAUGCAGAAUCCUCGGCCAUACCUUCUCCCUCCUAUGCCACUGCCUCCUUGCAAGGUGGCUGUUCUUGGACCAAAAUCCUCAGGGAAGACAACAGUCUGCAAUCUAAUAGCCCACAAAUACUCAGGAAAGGUCUUUGACAUGUCUGUACUUAUUGUACCAUAUGUGGAAGAAGCUAAGCAAAAUGCCAUGCUAAAAGCUCAGGAAGAGGGCACAGAAAAAGCUAUAGCAGCUAUUAAAGAAAAGCUACAGCAAGAGAAAUUAUUGAAAGCACAAGAAUCUCAGAAAGAGGCAGAAAAGGAAGAAGAGCAUGAUGAAAUAUCAGGUCAGAUAGAUAAAGACCGCAGUGAAAAAGAAGAGUUGACUACAACUGAGAAGACUCAAGUGCAAAAAGAAGAACUGAUAGAGAAGACAGAGGAACCAAGUGUCCUUGAAGAAGCAGAACAUGUCACUGCUGAUCAUCCUGAAGUCCGACAAAUGGUUGAUGAAGCUGUGAGACUAGUGCAAGAAACCCCAAUAACACUAGGUCCAGAAGUUUAUAUCCAUGCACUGGAUAAAGCUAUUACAGAGUUCAGUGAAGAAAAUAAAGAGCGAUUUCCUGGUGCCCCUACUGUUGGAGGAUGGGUGUUAGAUAAUUUCCCGAAUUCACCUAAUUUUUGGAUACCAUUGGCAGAAAAGGGGCUUCUACCAGACACUGUCAUUUGUUUAAGAAAUUCAGCAGAUAAUGGAAAGUAUUUACUCAAUAGACUCUACCACCUAAAUCAACAAGAGAUUAACAAUAGUAUAUUACAAAGGCUUCAGAAGGAAAGAGCAAGAAAGAUAAAAGAGGAGGAAGAAGCAAGAAAAGAACAACAAGAGGCUAUUCGAUUAGAAGAAGAGAAGAAAAAGCGAGAAGAGAUGCAAAACCAUAUAGAUGAUGCAGAAGAAAUGCAGAAAGAUACAGGGGAGCAAGGUGCAUUGAAUGCUGGUCAACUUCUUUCCCCAGAACCAGUUUCACCUAUGCAAACAUUGGCAACCAUUGUAACAGAGCCAGAAAUACAGUCAGAUAAGGAGCCGCGAGUGCCAGAGCAAGAAAAUGUUUUAUUUGAAGUUCCUGAGGGAGGAUAUCCAGAUGUGCCAGAGAUGGAACCAUUGAAGCAGCUCAUAAACACAUUUAAUGAAGAGUGGCAAUUGCUGGAGCCAGUGUUUGCUGACUCAUCUCUAGUUAGUGUAACUUUCCUGGAAGUAGCUGAUAAAUCACCAGAAAUGCUUCUACAAGAGGCAGUGACAUCUAUGGAAAGGCCAUUCCAAUAUCAGGGAUGGGAAAUUACUUCCCAGGACAUAGAUGAAGAAGCAGAAGACAUACAGGCAGAGUUGGAAGCUGGAGAGGAAGAAGAGGAACAUGAAGAAGAGGGGGAAGAGGCAGAAGAAGAUGAGCCUGCUAUACAUGAAAAAAAUAAACAAUAUGGAGACUCUAAAAACUUCUGCCCAGUGGCUUUAAAAGAUAAACGUGUACUUCACCCAGGACAUGUGGACUAUGCAGCUAUAUACAGAGAGAAGACUUACUAUUGCUCCAGUCCUGAAGCAAGAAAGAAGUUUCUUGAGAAUCCUCAGUAUUAUGUUGCUCAUGAAGAACCUUUACAAGCUCCACCUUUGAGAGUGUUUCUGAUUGGUACAAGUGGUUCUGGCAAGACAUUUAGUUCAAGAUGGCUAGCGGACAAACUGGAAAUGUUCCACAUUCAGUUCAAAGAGCGCCUCCAAGAAAUAAUGCUUUCCAAGUUAGAGAAAAAGAUCGGACCUCAAUUUGAAGAAGACGAAGUUGAGAAUGAUUUUGAAGCGGAAACCAUGCUGCUAGGAUUAGAAAAUGGAGGCAUAGAUGAAACCAGAAAAGAAAAUAUUGAACCAAAGGAAGAAGUGACAUUAACUGCAGAGGAAGAAGCAGUCAAGUCUUACUUGGCCGACAAUGAUCCUCUACCAACAGAAGUUCUUGACCAGUUUGUUGUCGAAUGGUGGACUAAGGAACCUUUUCAGUCAGUUGGAUUUGUACUGGAUGGUUUUCCUAGUACAGUUGAGGAAGUGCAAUACAUUGGUGACCGUGGCUUGUUCCCGGAUAUUGCUAUCUUCCUAGAAGUAGAUGAGAGUGACAUUUGUGAUAGGUUACUACCCCCACGUUUAGCUCACUGGCAGGAACGACGUAGAAAGAAGGAAGAGCGGAAACAAAAACUUAAAGACAUAAAGAAGAAAAUGAGGAAUGAAGAGAUUGCCAAAAGACGAGCUGAACUUUUAGCUGAGCAGAAGAUUAAUGAGGAAACAACGGUAAGGAAGGAUACCGAAGGUAGUGAUAAUGAUGAAGAGGAGGAAGAAGAGGACGAAGUUGACAACAUUGAGCUUAUCCUUGCAGAAGAGUUUCCAGAAGAAGAAGAGGAGGAGGAGCAGGAGGAGGAAGAACAAGAAGAGGAUGCCAUUGAAAGAAUGAAAUCUGAAAUUGGAGAAAAGUGUGAAGCAGAUACUGAAUCUCUCCAGUUAGUAAAGGAAGAACUUCAAAGCCUAAUGAUACCUUGUGUUACCAUUAAUGCAAGUCGGAAACCACAUAUUGUAUGUUUCCAGCUGUAUGAGAAGCUGAAACAUAUCGUGGAAAAUCGUGCAAGUCUUUUUGAAAAAUGCUAUCCAGUCAGUCUAUCGCUUGCUAACAACAUGCUUCAUGUGUCAUAUAAACACCCCAGUAUCUUUGGACGAUGGGACCCAGUAAAGCUAAGUCAAGGAGAAGUAAUUAAGCCAUAUAGAAAUCCAGAAAAUCCUGGCUAUUCUUUGAUCUACCGGCAAUACAUUUAUUUCUUCACAACCAAAGAAAACAGGGACAUCUUUGUGAGGAAUCCCAUUAAAUUUAUACAACAGCCAAAACCAAAGCCAUCAGUGCCAGUAAGAAUUGCAGUUCUUGGUCCUCCAAAAUCUGGAAAGACAACAGUUGCCAAGAUGUUUACAAGAAUAUAUGGGUUACAGCGCCUGUCCUUAGGGGAUGCCAUACGUUCUGUGCUGGAAAACCAGCCUAACACUGAACUUGAAUUAAAUAUUAAGAGCCAUCUUGAAAAGGGAUUGGUUGUACCUGAUGAUCUGGCGAUAAGGUGUUUAGAAAUAGCCAUGAUGGAUCUCACGUGCAACACAACAGGAGUUGUUUUAGACGGAUAUCCUGCUACAAAACAACAAGCUGAUCUUCUGGAGGCAUGCAGCAUUAUACCAAUAAAAAUCUUUGAGUUAGAGCUACCAGUGAAAGAAGUUUUAAAAAGAGGACUGCAGGACAAGAAGGACGCAAAAAGUAGAAAUUACCCUGUGCAUGACAGUGCCCAGAUUUUAACUGUGCGUAACUCCAAUUAUAAGCAAGAAAUCAACCGUAUUAAGGACUAUUAUGUAACACAACAUCAAAACUGGUGUGAAGUAGAUGCGAUGCGCAGCAAGUGGUGGGUGUCAAAUAAAAUAAUUGAAGAGGUCCGUGCAAGUAUCAAUCAAAUACAGACUUACCUGGAGAAAAGAAAAGAAGGUAAAGCAGCUGCUAUCGCUGACUUCUGCAUCACUCCUCAGGAGCUGCUGUCUCGGUUGGGAGAGUUUGGACAAUACUGUCCUGUGAGUCUGGCACAAAAGGGAGAGCUUGUUGAUUGUGCUAGAACAUCAUCCCUGCAUUUUGCAGCUGAGUUCCGUGGACAUUACUACAAGAUGGCUUCACAAGAAGAGCUUAAUGCUUUCCUACAAACUCCAGAGUUGUAUGUGCCUCCAUUAGCACCACGUCCACUCCCCCCUCCUGAAAUGUUACCUAAGAGGUUAACAGUGGCUGAUGUGAAAUCAAAGUUCCCAAAAAAUGCGGAGAUGAAAGGAUACUGCCCAGUUACCUAUGUGGAUGGGAAAAAGAGGUAUGAAACUCUUGUUCCCGGCCACAUUGAAAAUGCUGUGGAGUACAGAGAUAAAAUAUAUAUUUUUGAAAGUGAAGAAAAGGUACAAAAGUUCAUGAGACUUCCAGAAAAAUAUUGGAACCACAAACUUCCAGCCAAACUCCCCCCAAAGAUGGAACCAAUAAUGCUGACAUCUCUGCCUUUAACUGGAUACCUAGAACAGGGAGCAGCCACAGCUAUAAUAAAAGCAUUGAAUGAUGUUGGAUGUCUAAAGCCUAAGUAUCCAUUUUUAAGUGUAAAACAGUCAGCCCUGCUGUACAUUGCAUAUCACCUAAAAGCAUACAAUCCACAGAACUCAGAUUAUGUACGAAAGAAAUACAAGAAGAAAAUGGAGCAGUUUGUGGAGUGCUGUGAACUCAUUACUUACCUUGGAAACAAGAUGACUCACAAAUACAAAGAACCUCAGAAGAGACCUAUUGACUUUGACUAUAAAAUGCAGUCUUUUCUUUCACUUAGAAAUGUGAAUCCAACAUGUAUUUAACUGAUAUAGACAUACAAAACAAAACUAAAUGUGUAUUCGGUUUUUCAUGUAUAUAAUAAAAAAUAUUUAAUAAUUUGA